AUGCCUCCAUUCUUGAGAAAGAACGAAAAUAGAGGUGACUCUGACCGUAUACUUCGGAACCUAGUGAAAGCCCUAGCUGGUGCAAGAAACCCCAGACAGAAAUCCUUGGAAGAGAGGGCUUCAUCGAUUAGUAAGAGAAUAGCCCAGAGUAAGCCCUCUACUUAUGAUGGGAAAGGACAACCUUUUACGCUGGAAAACUGGCUUCGAGAGUUUGACAAACUCUUUAGUGUAGUUCGAUGUCCCGCAGAAUUUAUGGUCGACCAGGCUGCAUUUUAUCUGGUCGAAGAUGCUGACUACUGGUGGACACAUAGUAAGGCGAGGCUGAUAGUGGAGAAUGAUGGUGAAUUUAGCUGGGAACAUUUUAAGGGAGCGUUAAGGAAUCAAUUCUACCCACCUCACUUUUGCCCUGAGGACGUCCCGAUUGAAACAAAGAAAAUGCAACGCUUCGAAUUGGGUUUAUCGUACGAGAUUCAAAAACACAUUGAGACCGAUAGGAAGGAGCAGGAGAAGUUGGCCCAUAGUGGGGACAAGAGGAGGGAACCUAUGUUCCAGAAUGCAGAGAGCGGGAGUAAUCAUGCACAAAACCACUUUAAGAAACACAAAACCUAUGGGGGUUAUCAAGAAAAAGUGUACCAGCCAGGACAGUCAAGUAAAGGUGGGAGAGGAUCGACAUCUGAGGUCAGGGUACAGAAACCACUUUAUGGCCGCAAUGGAAAGGAAAGAAUUUAUAACUGUAGGAGAUGCCAGAAAAAUCAUCCAGGGAGAGAUUGUCGGGGAGCAUUAGUAGACUGUUCUUACUGUGGUAAAUCGGGUCAUAGAAUGUAUGAGUGCUAUGCUCGAUUGGGACAACAAGAGCCUCAAGGGGGGGAAUCACAGAGGUUUUCUACAACAACGCUUCGAUAA